AUACUUUUGUUUUGCACAGAUUUUCGAUCAUGGAACAGGACACAGAAUACGUAAAAUUGCCAUUGGAAGAAAGAUGCGUGCACAAAUUAUGGCGAGCACGACUGCACGGUUACAAAGAAUGCGUGAACACGUUUCAAUGCAUAGACGACGAGAAGUCACCCGAAUGGAACAAAUUCCUUGGUUUCAUAAAGAAAUUCGUAUCAGACAGUAACGCCGUCGCUCAAGAAAAAGGUUUAGAAGCUACAUUAGCCUUCGUGGAGAACGCAGCAGUCGCAGGGAAGACCGUCGGAGAAGUAAUGAACGGGAUAGUCACAAAAUGCAUCGCUGCGCCUAAAACAAAAACAAAGGAACUGGCAGUUCAAAUAACGUUGAUGUACAUAGAAAUCGAAAAGCACGAAGCUGUUCAAGAGGAAUUGUUAAAAGGAACUGAAGCGAAGAAUCCAAAAAUAGUCGCCGCUUGUAUUUCCACACUGACUUUGGCUUUGAGGCAGUUUGGACCGAAGGUGAUUAACAUCAAACCUUUAGUAAAAAAGAUCCCCAGUUUUCUGGAGGACAGAGAUAAAAUCGUCCGAGACGAAGGCAAAUUUAUGGUAAUCGAGAUUUACAGAUGGAUCGGGUCUCCGUUAAAGCAGCAGUUAAACACAUUGAAGCCUGUACAACUAACAGAAUUAGAAACAGAAUUUAAUAAUUUAACACAGGAGAAAGUGGCGCCUAUUCGAUUUCUGAAAUCGCAGAAACCGAAAGAAACUUGCAUUACAGAUUCCACGAGCGACACCGGCGAGGAGGGCAAAGACGAUCCUGAUAAUGGCUCCGUUCCUGAAGUCGACCUUUACGAGAUGUUAGAACCAGUCGACAUUCUUUCAAAACUCCCAAAAGAUUUCUACGAAAAGGUCGAGGCUAAGAAAUGGCAGGAACGAAAGGAAGCCGUGGAAGCUUUAGAGGCUCUUGUAAAAAAUCCUAAAUUAGAAAACGGCGAUUAUGGAGACUUAGUAAGAGCCUUGAAGAAGAUAAUAUCGAAGGACACAAACGUAUUAGUCGUCGCCUUGGCUGGUAAAUGUUUAGCAGGACUCGCGUCUGGACUUAAAAAAAGAUUUCAACCUUACGCCCCCGCGUGUCUCUCGUCGAUCCUAGAAAAGUUUCGUGAAAAGAAACAAAACGUGGUGCUUGCUCUAAGAGAAGCCGCCGAUGCGAUUUUCCUCACAGUAUCAAUCGACGUAAUAUUAGAAGACACGGUGGCCGCGUUGGAGAACAAGAAUCCUGCAGUAAAAGCAGAGACUGCGACUUACUUAGCGAGGUGCUUCGCACGUACUCCUCCACCGAGCUUUAAUAAGAAGCUUCUAAAAGCUUAUACCAGCGCAUUAUUAAAAACUUUGAACGAACCGGAUCCAACUGUGCGAGACAGCUCCGCCGAGGCUCUUGGAACAGCCAUGAAACUCAUCGGCGAGAAAGCUAUGAUGCCGUUCCUCACAGACAUGGAUAAUUUAAAAUUGACGAAGAUCAAAGAAUGCGCAGAGAAAGCUGUGAUACACGUUAAAGUUCCUACAGCGUCGAAGGUUUCCGAGAGGCCCAACACAGCGCCUAGUAAAAUUGAAUCAACUGCUAAGACUAAGAAAGAAACGAAACCCGCAAAGAGGCCGAAUACUAGUACGACUAAAAAGCCUUCUUCUAAGAAACCAUCAGCGUCUUCGUUGACUAAUUUGGCUGGUUCGAAGAAGUCAGGUUCUAAACUGCAAACGGAGAAGAAUUACAGCGUUGAGGAGAUAGAAGAAAUGGCCAUGCAAUCUUUGCCAAGCGACGUUUUGUCUGGUCUCGUUGAUAGCAAUUGGAAGAAUCGAUUAUCUGCAGUUGAACAACUCUUUGAAUUUGUUAAACAAAUGGAUCCAGUGGAAAUACCUGUACAAGUAGUCGUACGAACCAUGGCUAGGAAACCUGGGUUCAAAGACACUAACUUCCAAGUAUUAAAACUGCGACUGGAAAUAGUAAAAUUCUUAGCAGAGAAUUUUCCAUUCUCUACAAUCGUCUGCGAAUAUUGUAUCAUGGACAUAACUGAGAAGCUUGGCGAUUCUAAGAACAGCUCAGUCGCUGCUGAGACUCUCCUCGCCAUAGCAGAAGCGACGAGCUUGGAAUACGUAGCUGACGAAAUUCUAGGCUUCGCUUUUAAUCAAAAGAAUCCUAAAGUUCAACAGGAAACGUUGAGUUUGUUGUCCAGGGCGCUUACGGAAUUCGGCUGUGCCGUGAACGUGAAGUCUGUAAUGGAGAACAUGAAGAAAGCAGUCGCUGCUACAAAUCCUGGAGUUCGUACAGCAGCUAUUACUCUAUUAGGCACGCUAUAUUUAUUUACUGGGAAGCCUCUGUUGACGUUCUUCGAGAACGAGAAACCUGCCUUGCGACAACAAAUUGAACAAGAAUGUGAGAAGCAUAACGGAGAAACACCGCCGGCACCGAUUCGUGGGUCAAAGGGUAAGAAAGAAAAAGCCAGCGACGACGACGAGGAUGUAGAAGUUGAAAAGAAAUCGAACAGCAACAGCGAAAUUGAUAUUAACAAUUUAAUCCCACGUAUUGAUAUCAGUAAUCAAAUCACAGAAGGUCUUCUUAAUGAAUUAUCUGAUAAAAACUGGAAAGUACGAAACGAAGGACUGCAGAAGGUAAACGCGAUAAUAUCAGAAGCGAAAUUUAUUAAAGGAUCCAUCGGCGAUCUCCCGCAAGGUUUGGCUUUACGUUUGGUAGACAGUAACAGUAAAAUAGCUCAGUCGACUUUAGGAAUUUGUCAGGCGUUGGCUGUGGCCAUGGGACCUCCUGCCAAGCAGCACAUCAGGGUUCUCUUCCCUGGGUUUAUUCAAUGUUUAGGAGAUAACAAAACCUGGAUCAGAACCGCAGCUAUUUCCUGUAUAAACACUUGGGGCGAUCAAUGUGGAUAUAAAGAGUUCUUCGACGGUGAGAUGAUCAGCGACGCUCUUAAAUCCGGCUCGCCUAUUCUUCGAUCAGAAGUCUGGAAUUGGUUGUCACAAAAAUUGCCUCUGAUUCCCGUGAAGCAAGUCUCCAAAGAGGAGCUCUUCGUAUGUCUUCCACAUUUGUAUAACAAUUUGGAAGACAGGAAUUCUGAUGUGCGUAAGAACGCACAGGAAGCAGUUCUGGGAUUCAUGAUUCAUCUGUCGUACGAAGCAAUGGCUAGGAACACAGAGAAACUGAAACCAGGAUCAAGAACAGUGGUCCUGACUGCGUUGGAGAAAUCGCGUCCGAAUUUGCCUAUUAAACCUCUGCCUUCGAAGAAACCAGCGGCGGAGGGGAAUCAGAAGGUGGUUAAAAGCGGAGGAGCGGUUAAUGCUAGCAAGGCGACGGUGAAGCCGAAACAGAAUCAAGCGUCGUCGAAACCUGGCAGCGCUAGGAAGAAGGACGACGACGUGGACACGAGUCCAUUACUGGCUACUAAUAAUCUUAAACAUCAACGAGUGAUCGAUGAACAAAAGCUGAAAGUAUUAAAAUGGAACUUUACUACGCCUAGGGAAGAAUUCGUCGAGCUUCUGAAAGAUCUCAUGACUGCUGCAAAUGUGAACAAAACGUUACUGGCGAACAUGUUCCAUUCAGAUUUCCGGUACCACCUGAAAGCCAUCGAGGCACUCACCGAGGAUUUGCCUGAGAACAGCAAGGCUUUGGUGUCGAAUUUAGAUCUGAUUCUUAAAUGGCUGACGCUGAGAUUCUUCGACACUAAUCCUUCAGUAUUAUUGAAAGGUUUAGAAUAUCUGCGAGUAGUGUUUAAUUUAUUAAUAGAAAACCAGUAUCACAUGUUGGAGAACGAAGCCGCGUCGUUUAUUCCUUAUCUUCUCAUCAAGAUCGGCGAUCCGAAAGACGCGGUGCGCAAUGGGAUCCGCGCGUUGUUUAAACAAAUAGCGUUGGUUUAUCCAGUGAGCAAAUUAUUUUCUUACGUGAUGGAAGGAUUGAAAUCGAAGAACGCCCGGCAGAGAACCGAAUGCUUGGAUCAGCUCGGCUCCCUUAUUGAGAAUUACGGAUUAUCUGUUUGCCAACCGUACGCUUCUGUAGCGUUGAAAGAAAUAGCGAAGCAAAUUGCAGACAGGGAUAACUCUGUUCGUAACGCAGCCCUGAACUGCAUCGUUCAAGCGUAUUUUCUUCAGGGAGAGAAAGUGUAUAAACUGAUCGGGCAGAUAUCUGAAAAGGAUCAGUCGUUGUUGAAUGAACGCAUAAAACGAGCUGCUAAAAAUCGGCCGACGAAGUCUGCUUCUGCGAACAGACUUCCAACACCGGCGAACGUGACGCCUACUCCUGAAGACGUAAAAGCUGAUUACGAAGAGGAGAACGAGGAUUUACAAGAACCGCAGAUUUUACCUUCUCAGGUUUCCAACGAAUUGCCACAGACUGAAAACGUACAGAACGAAGUUGAAACGCAGACCGAAAAUGCGAAGACAGAAAUCAUGCCUGACAAACUGCAAGAAUCUCGUGAAAUUAAUGAAACUCCUAAAGAAACCUCGACGGGGACGAGCUUUUCGUCUCUGAAAGAAACCUCGACGGAAACUAACACCGUUUCGCCUCCGAAAGACGAAGACGAUUUAAAAACAAACUCUCCCACGUCGGCACAACCGAAAGUCUCUGGUCCCUUUGGAUUAGACAUGGACUUCCUGCAAAGAAUCGAAUUGAACGCUCCUGUAAAGUAUAAAAAUCCAGUUCUCCAGGAUGUUAAUAUACCAGACAUAAGUCCACCCACGAACGUACAAGUGAUACCGAUAUCCCCUCCGAAGUUGUUAGUAUCCAAGUCUGCGUCUUUAGCACAGCAGCAAUUGAGCUCACCGAAUCCUAACAAAGAGGACAGCCUCGAACGUAAAAUCCUAGCAAUGGCUAGCUUAGAUCUAGCAGUGGCAAUACAAUCGAUGAACAGCAUAGACAACUUGAUAAGAUCUCACCAGUUUUUAAGUCUGCAAUCUAAAGAGGAUAAAUUCAUCGGUUCUAUAAACAUGCAGUUAAAGCUUCUCCAAACUUAUCCCCUUCAACAAGGAGGAACAGACAUCUCUAAAGGCUUUCGUAAAACAUUUAUGAUCCUCCUUGCGUUCUACGACACUAGAAUCCUGGGUAAGAACGUUCCGUUGAUACAUUUGAAAGAACUCGUGGAUCAGAUGAUCAGUUUACUGGCAGAGAGGAAAUUGAAUCAUUUGCAUCAAGCGGACGCGUACUACCGCGUGAUUAAUAAUAUCGUUUGUAAGAUAAUAGACAACUCGAACCAUACGACUAUCAUAUGUGCUUUAAUUAAACUGCUUCAUGGGUGCGCGGAAUCUACUGGGCCGUACGAGGAGUUAGUUAUGAAGUGUUUAUGGAAAGUUGUAAAAACGAUUCCUGAUUGGGCUGCGGAUUUGGAUUACGACACGAUCCUCUUAGAAGUGCACCGAUUCCUCAAGGAUUAUCCAACCGUUUGGUGGAAGAAACGCAAGUCUGAUACUCCGCUGCGAACUAUUAAAACUAUUCUCCACAGCAUGACUCGAGUAAAGGGCAGCACGAUUCUCAGUCAUUUGACACGGAUAAAUAAUACGAAUGAAUCAGAAUUGCAUUCUUAUUUAAUGAGAUUGAUCACGACCUUCAAGCCGGAUGAAAUUAACAGUAAUUCUAGAUCGGCUGUGAAAUCGAACAGCCCAGGGAAGCCUCAGGAACAUUUGUCGAAAUUCACUCAUCAACAAUUGUCUGAGAUAUUUAAAAAGAUCGGAUCUAAAGAUCACACGCAAGAGGGUUUAAUGCAACUCUAUGAUUUUAAACUGCAAUACCCCGAAGCGGACGUGCAACCGUUCUUGACGAAAUCUCAUCAAUUCUUUCAGGAUUUUAUUGAACAAGGUUUAAGGGAUAUCGAUCAAGCGCGAAAGAAUCAAAACCUUAUAACGCAAACUAAUAAUCAAUACUCGGCAGAAAUAGCAGAAUCCUCCGAGGCGAAGAGUUUAAUGGAUCCGUUGCACAGGCUCGAGAAACUCCGAGCGACCGAAGCACAAUGUAGAACCACCAGCCAACCGAGCCCCACAUGAAUCAACUUCUAUUAACACUUACUAGGGUUACAGUGCUUAAAUAUCUGGAGAACCAAUAACGCAUACACGGUAUUUAAUAGCGCAUAGAUCAUGAAGAAAAUAAUCAUGUUACGCUGUUCCAACGUCAAAUGGUAGCAUUUAUGUUUACGACUCUCUAGCAGCGUACUAAUUAUGCCCUUUUAAAAUAAUCGCGAACUCCUACUACUACUACUAUUACUCGUAUUUAUCGAAACCAGGAAGAGAAAGAAAGAAAGAAAGAAAGAAAGAAAGAAAGAAAGAAGAUUAAGCUGUAAGAAGCUAGUAUUAUUAUUAUUACUCCGUUCAGACUGAUUUUACAGGCACACAAUUUUCGUUGUUUUAAAAUCAACUCGUCUAGUAUUUAAAAAAAAAAACAAAGACACGCGUUUAUUAUUUAAUUAAUUCGAACUUAAUAGAAGAGAAAGCAUGCUUUCCGGUAUUUAUAAUUCUGGUAUACGAUCGUAGACAUUACCUAUCGUUUAACUUUUUCAUGAUGAUAAAACAUAGUAAAAGAUGGUAAUGGCGACGACUAAGACGAUAAUAAUAAUAAUAAUAAUUUAAGAUAAAUGUCUUCUGGAGGUGAUUUCCCGUUUCCAGAACAUACUUAGUAGUGUCUAUAGAUUGUGUAUAUAUUCUAACAUAAAAUGCAUUCAAUAAAAAUAUAUCUUACAAUAA